UCAGCGUUCUGAUGAUUUUACUGUUUCUCUGGUUGGAAGUGUACAAUUGUUGAAGUACAAUUUUCAAACUACGCGCCUUCUGAAACAGGGCUGUCGUGUUCGAUCACAAACAGCCAGGUGGCAACGCUGUCACUCAGCAUAAAUGCAAUCAAUUUACUAAAGCAUUAAGAACAUAUAGAAAAAAGGCAACUUCCAAAUUCGAAAUCACAUAAGAAACUUCAAAAACUUAUAAAAUUAAAAACCAAAACCUCAUAGUUUAAUAGUUAAAUUCUGUCGAUUGUGUUAUCGCUAGUAGUCCAUCUCUAAUCGCACGAGGUGAAGAAAUCGCAAAAAAUUUCGGAACGUUUAUUGAAUUAAACACACAAAACAAUUGAAAAUGACGGAAGCAGCGGAAAUCAACGGCAGAGAAGAAGUGGAGGAUGACGAGCAGGAUCAAAAGCAAAAGAAAUCCGACGUGAAACGACAUGACGACGGCGCCGCAGAUUUGGAACGUGUGACGGAUUACGCCGAGGAAAAAGAGAUCUCUGCGGACAAUAUAUCCAGCGCCGUGGAACAGUUUGGCAACCAGCGUAACAAGGAGAACGAACUGCGAGUAGCCAAAGAAAAGGAGCUCCAGAAGGUCCAAGUCAAGAAGGAGGACAUUGAACUGAUUAUGAACGAGCUGCUGGUUAGCAAGGCGCAUGCCGAGAAAGUGCUCCGCGAGCAGAGCGGCGACGUGGUGGCCGCCUUGGAGGCCAUCAUCAGCAACUGAGGUGCUCGGGUUAUCCGGAGUAAUCGCCGUCUGUUCUUCUUUUAUGUAGCGUAACACUGCUUUAUUUGUACAUUUAUAAACUCUAGCGAAGAAAACAAUACAAAACAAGAUUUUUAAGCCCACAAGUUAGAGAAUGAGUGGCUAAACGAA